UGGGGAGUUGCCGGCCGCGGCCCUGUUUUCAAUUCCGGCCCCUUCCGGUUGACUUCCGGGAUUACAUAAGGACGAAGCGGCCGGUAACCUAGGCUUCGAGCGCCUGGAUGUGGGCGGGGGAGGGUUGAAUGUCUUCGUUCUGAUUGGCCGCGCGUCCGUGACUGGCGUGAGCUUGGGUUUUGACUCCGGGCACGUGCGAGGCGGAGGCGAGCUGUCUCGCGGCGGCUCUCGCGAGAUCUAGAUGUAAACAAAGCUUAAACCCGGGGCCCAGGCUGCGCUCUGUUGUCUCAACCUAGUCUGCCCAGUAAGCGGGUGCAAGCUACCAUCGUGUCAUCCGAGUCCCGCCCACGGCUCCAUACGGGACACAGGGAUUGGGUGAGUGGACAGCAGGCCCUGCCUCGCCCGCGUGCUGAUUGGGUGCUGGCGUAAGCGUGUGCUGGGUGACGGUCCCCGAGAGGUUCCCAAACACUGUCAGUGAGGAGCCAGGGCGAAGGAGCAACGCAGCAGGUAUCUGCAGAGCAACGAUGGCAACAGAAUCUCCUCGCCGCCCUAGCCGAUGUACUGGGGGAGUUGUGGUUCGUCCACAGGCUGUCACGGAACAGUCAUAUAUGGAAAGUGUUGUUACAUUUCUUCAAGAUGUCGUGCCACAGGCCUACAGUGGUAGUCCACCAACAGAAGAAAAAGAAAAAAUAGUCUGGGUCAGAUUUGAAAAUGCAGACUUAAAUGAUACAUCAAGGAACAUGGAGUUUCAUGAGAUACAUAGCACUGGCAAUGAACCACCCUUGCUACUAAUGAUUGGGUACAGUGAUGGAAUACAGAUCUGGAGCAUACCUAUCAGUGGUGAAGCACAGGAACUUUUUUCCGUUCGACACGGCCCAGUUCGAGCUGCACGAAUCUUGCCUGCUCCACAAAUCAGCCCUCAGAAAUGUGAUAAUUUUUCUGAGAAGAGACCUCUUCUUGGUGUGUGUAAAAGCAUUGGAUCUUCUGGCACAAGCACACCUUAUUGCUGUGUGGAUCUUUACUCUCUGCGAACAGGAGAGAUGGUCAAAUCUAUACAGUUCAAAACUCCUAUUUAUGAUCUACAUUGCAACAAAAGGAUACUUGUUGUAGUCUUGCAAGAGAAAAUUGCUGCCUUCGACAGCUGUACAUUCACAAAAAAAUUCUUCGUUACAAGCUGCUAUCCUUGUCCUGGGCCAAAUAUGAAUCCCAUUGCUCUUGGGAGCCGUUGGCUUGCUUAUGCAGAAAAUAAGCUGAUCCGGUGCCAUCAGUCCCGUGGUGGAGCCUGUGGAGACAACAUUCAGUCUUACACUGCCACAGUCAUUAGCGCUGCCAAAACGAUAAAGACUGGACUUACAAUGGUUGGGAAAGUGGUCACACAGCUGACAGGGACACUUCCUUCAGGAGCAACUGAAGAAGAGAUUGUAGCUCAUAGCAAUACUCGUCGAAGUCCUCUGGUGCCUGGGAUCAUCACUGUAAUCGAUACCGAGACAGUUGGAGAAGGGCAGGUGCUCGUUAGCGAGGAUUCUGAUAGCAAUGGAAUUGUGGCCCAUUUCCCUGCUCAUGAAAAGCCUGUUUGCUGCAUGGCUUUUAACCCCAGUGGGAUGCUGCUGGUCACGACUGACACGCUAGGCCACGAUUUCCAUGUUUUCCAAAUACUGACACAUCCGUGGUCGUCAUCACAAAGCGCUGUACAUCAUUUAUAUACACUUCACAGGGGAGAGACUGAAGCCAAAGUACAAGACAUCUCCUUCAGCCAUGACUGUCGUUGGGUGGUGGUCAGCACCCUGCGGGGCACUUCCCAUGUGUUCCCCAUCAAUCCCUACGGCGGCCAGCCCUGUGUCCGCACACACAUGUCACCCCGGGUGGUAAACCGCAUGAGCCGUUUCCAGAAGAGUGCGGGGUUGGAAGAGAUUGAGCAGGAGCUGACAUCUAAACAAGGAGGCCGCUGCAGCCCUGUCCCAGGCCUGUCGAGCAGCCCAUCCGGCUCACCUCUUCAUGGUAAACUGAAUAGCCAAGAUACUUACAAUAAUUUUACUAAUAAUAAUCCUGGGAACCCACGACUCUUGCCUCUUCCCAGUUUGACUGUGGUGGUGCCUCUUGCACAAAUCAAACAGCCAAUGACCUUAGGGACUAUCACCAAACGCACAGGACCUUACCUGUUUGGAGCAGGAUGUUUUUCCAUAAAAGCUCCAUGCAAAGCCAAACCAGCUCCACAGAUUUCACCUAGUAAAUCUGUGGGAGGAGAGUUUUGUGUUGCCGCAGUCUUUGGCUCGUCGCGAUCCUGGUUUGCAAACAAUCCAGGUCUAAAAAGAGAAAAAGAUCAAUCAAAACAGUUUGUGGUAGAAUCGCUGUAUAUUAUCAGUUGUUACGGAACCCUGGUAGAACACGUAUUGGAGCCACGUCCCCUCAGCACUGCUCCGAAGAUCAGCGAUGACACGCCUUUGGAAAUGGUGACCUGUCCGAGAGCCAGCUGGACCUUGGUUAGAACUCCUCAGUGGAACGAACUGCAACCACCGUUUAAUGCAAACCAUCCAUUGCUCCUCGCUGCAGAUGCAGUGCAGUAUUAUCAAUAUCUGCUCGCUGGCUUGGUUCCACCUGGGAGUCCUGGACCUAUCACACGACAUGAGUCGUACGACAGCUUAGCAUCUGACCACAGUGGUCAAGAUGAUGAAGAAUGGCUUUCCCAGGUGGAAAUAGUGACUCACACUGGACCUCACAGACGCCUGUGGAUGGGCCCCCAGUUCCAGUUCAAGACAAUUCAUCCGUCAGGUCAAACCACAGUCAUUUCUUCCAGUUCAUCUGUGCUGCAGUCACAUGGUCCAACUGACACACCACAGCCUCUUCUGGACUUCGAUACAGACGACCUUGAUCUCAACAGUCUCAGGAUUCAGCCUGUUCGCUCUGAACCUGUUAGCAUGCCGGGAUCAUCACGUCCAGUUUCUGAUCGCAGAGGCGUUUCAACGGUGAUCGAUGCUACCUCAGGUAACUUUGAUCGGAGCGUGACUCUGCUAGAAGUCUGUGGGAGCUGGCCUGAAAGCUUUGGACUCCGUCACAUGUCUUCCAUUGAACACACUGAAGAGGGUCUUCGGGAACGGCUGGCCGAUGCAAUGUCCGAGUCACCCGGCAGGGACAUAGUGGGAUCAGGAACAGCACCCCCCACACCCGACACCUCUGAGAUUACGUGGCUUGGGAGAGAGUUUUCCCCCAACCCUAGAAGCAGCCUUUAAUAGGAAGAAAAUAUUGGCAGAUGACAGAAGUCCAGAAUCUUGCAAUCCCCAAAACGACUCUAAAGGAAAUAGUCACAUUUUAGAUUUUUUUUUUUUUUUUUUUGGUACUGCUCUGGUGAUGUGGACUCAAAGAGUUGAGCCCCACGAACAUCAGAUGCUUCCUGCAAACGGCAGCUCAUGCAGACAAUGAUCAAAACAACAUUCAAAUUACGUUCUGUCUAUGUAAUUAUCUCUUCGCCAUAAAGCCACUCUAAAGUGCUGGUUCUGUAAUCCAAAUUAAUCCAUCUUCAUCACUAUCCAUUAUAUUGAUAAAUUAUAGAGUGUAUUUACAUAAAUGGAAUGGCACUUCAGAGAUUACGCUGCUCACAGCGGCUGUAGGGACGGGAAUUGCUCAGAAAUGCCGGUGCUCAGAGUAAUUGUGGGUUUUAUUUCUCUUGUUAAUUCGGAAUUGUUUUACAAAUACCCACUAGUAAAAGGACGUAGCUGUCUAUGAUCUGUGCGCUGUUUGUGUUGUGACCAGCCGCUCAUAUCGGUGGUAGCUUCUAAUACCAGAUCAUUUGUCACCGUGGCCUCAUUUUGGCGAGGUGCCUGGGAAGAAAAAAAGAACGAGCUCUAGCAGAAACAUCUGAACAUGCCAUAUUGACAUUAUGUAAGGCAUUGUCAGUUUGAAACUGUCUUUUCUCUUUCUGCUUUGUCCCCUAUGUAUUCCUGAGGGUUUCCCAUUCCACUAUCCUCGUUUUAAUCCCUAAACAGGACUCCUAUCUGUGCUGGCCUUUAAUUUGCUGCAGAGUCACUGCUGAGGGACACAAGAUACUCCAACCUCAUCACCAGCCUGCCAGUUCCCACUGUCUGGGAAUGGGAAUGUCUAGACAUGUCACUUCAAAUAAAUAUAAAAUGGCUGUUUGCUUGGUCCAGAAGCAACCUUUACAUCCCGCACUGGUAAACUUUGAGCCCCUUGGUCUGUGUCCAUUGCUUAUGAAUGAAGAUGGAAUUAAGUGAUGGUUGAAGAUUGACAGUUCAUAGAAAGUGGGUGAGCUAAACACCAGGUCUAGGUUCCAAUUCCAGCUCUUGUACUUAGUCCUGUUGCUGCCUGAGGCAAGUUGUCUAAUAUCUCUUUGGCUAAGGCCACAUCUCCACUUGCUGGAGGAGUGACACUCUGGUGAUCGAUCCACUAGGUUUCAAUUUAGCAGGUCUAGUGAAGACCCGCUGAAUCAAAUGCUGAGGGUGCUCCCUCCUCCAUCAGUGCCGGUACUCCUAACUGUUGUGAGGAGUAAGGGAAUUUGACAGAAGCAUUUCCCCUGUUGACC